GAACGGUCCGAGAUCUUCACGUAGAAGAUGACUGCGAUCAUGUUCGUUUCUGGCUCAUUGACCAAGCCUAGGAUCUUGUAUUUCAUGAGCUCGAAAGAGAAAGACCUCUACUUGCUGAGGUGCUUGUCAUGAAAGGGCGUCGGAGUGGGCUGAUCCGAUGACAGGCUGCUGAUCGUCCGUUCUGGAAGCUAGAAGUUGUGAGGCCACCAGUUGGCGCUUCUAAGGAAACAGACGUUGCCUCGCUAGCAGAUGUUGACAACUGCUGGACACCAAUAGAUACUGAGUUUUGCUGUUUAGCAGACAUUCACAUUUCGCCGCAAAAAUCUCUUCCACAGUGCCCUGACAGUUACAGUGCCUUGCUUACGUAGUAGAAGACAGGUUCUUAACUUUCAGGUCGAUGAAGGUGACAAGUUUUACAUUUCAAAGUACUUCUACUUUCGCUUUCCGUAUAGAAAUAGAAGAACGAACACGAAGUAAAAGGAAGACGGUCACGCACUCGAAGUUAGUCGAUAGAGCUGACGAGUUGGAUAUACGUACCUAACUAUACACGCAAUCCAAGAAGGGGAGCACUACAUCAACACCAAGUAGACCCGUAGAUCUCAGGACGAUAUCAGAAAUAAAUUUUCACAAGAACACUAUUCUUCUCAAGACGCGUGUAUUUUUCCCUCCCUCUUUCUCCAGAAUUGUCGAUACACACCGCCCGUACUAGAAAGAUCAGACAGCAGUACCUACCCUUUAGAUCAUCUUCAGCCAUUGACGACUACCCUUCCCGUCCUAAGCAUCUGAAUCUGGUACUUAUGACUAGGAAAAUAAAUCUCGACGUAUAAUGGAUACAACGCACAUGAGUUAUUUGUAUUUCUAAAGCGCUAAACAACUAGUCAGAAUCAAAUACAAAUUAUCAAUCGAAUUUCUUUUUCUUCUUUACUGUACAUUUAUUAAUUUGUUUCCAAGAAAACUAAAACUAAAACAAGAUGGGAAGUAGAUUUGAUUACCUUUUCGACGAGGCCAACCAGGACAUUGAGCGCGCCAUCGCCUUGUCCCUGCAAGACCAACAAGAAGCCGCGCGCUAUCAAAUGCAAAAAUGUCUGGGUUUGGAAGAGUCAUGCUGUUUUUGCAUGACACAGAAGGUCUGGCAUGGAAGCUCUAGCAUCACAGGUUUCGAGAAGCUUCCGCAAUGUCGAACCCGCAUGACAAAUGCCCCACUUUGGUGACAGAGAGCGGGCAGCUUUUGCUACCUAUGCAUGAGAGAUUUUUCUGUGUUCUGAAAUGCGCAUCACAGUUUGGUAUUCUUCCAGACCCAGACAUAUUUGGGAUCCAUACGCGCCAGGCCUCUACAACUACUACCCCGCCUAGUACAACUGGUGACCAACACCAGCAACGGUCAACACUGGGCGAAGGAGUACUACAAGCUGCACAAGAACCUCCCGGGGGCGAAGAAGAUAACUCCUCUUCCUCUACAAACCCGGGCGGAAACAGGAUCGACGAUCAUACCAUGAUUUCUACCGGUCAUCAACAUCAGCACCACACCGAGAUUCUGAUCCCGCCUACGGUAGAGGAGGAUGAGGAAUUCCAACGUGCGCUGGAGGAAUCCCGCUUGCUCUAUGCGCAAGAGGAGUUGUCCCGCCGGCAGAUGGAAGUGCUAGACCACGAGCAGCAGCUCCCGAGCAGCUCGAGUGCCGCCACACUUUCCGCCGGGAGUAGUACUGGUGAUCUUGCCCCUCGCGCAUCACAAAGAACGGAGCCCGCUUCCUUCCCCGCCCUAGCACUCCCCCAGAUCAGCAACCGACGCGCCAGGGUGCCUUCCUCGACCUCCUCUGUUUCGGUUAUUACACCCCCAGCGCUUAUCGGUGGUCACCUUUCAGCGGCGAGUAUCAGGACGAUGCCCAGCACCCCUGCCGCAAUCGCCCGAAACUGCAGUAACCGUAACAUUAUCGAUCCAACCGGCUUCAGGGUGCAGAUCCUGGUGAAGCAAGACGGCUCCCCGGAGUGGCGCCCCUUGCGCAGCGACAAGCAUGAGGUAGACGCAACAGGCAGCAUUUCUUCGUUCCGGGUCCUAUGCAUUGCAAAAGUAUCGUACUCGUAUAAAUGCAUAUACAAAUUUCCUUGGCAUGAGAAACAAAAUUUGUAAUGCGGAUUUGAUUUAACAAGAAAAUUUGUAAUGCAUGACUGCAAUACGAGUACAGUACGAUACUUUUGCACAGGAUAGGUCCACGCGCGGGACAACACGGUUUACCAGAUCCGCUGCUUUUCCGAAAUUGUGAAAGCGGUGGUGACCUGCCAUGUCGAUGGGCAGUCUGUGCUGCUCAAAGAGUCCUAUGAAUUGCAAAAGCAUCGUGGUACUAGUAGUAAUUGCAUUACAAAUUAGCUCAGCAUGACAACUGUCAUGCCGUUCUACCUUAACAUGGAGAUUUGUAAUGCAUAAUUGCGAUGAGUACAAGUGCGAUACUGUUGCACAGGAUAAAUCCGACUUUCUCCCGAUUUACGCGCCGGACAAACCGAAACUGAUCCCGGGCUUUGACACCUUCAUGGUGCAUGACAAGAACACCGGCAGCCGGACGACACAGUACCGCGAAUUUGUUUUCAAGCUUGGUGAUAAUCUUCAAGACAAUAGUUCUAUCCUGUGCAAAAGUAUCGUACUCGUAUUGCAAUCAUGCAUUACAAAUUUUUUUCUCAAGGUAAAACAGCAUUACAAAUUUUAUUUCUCAUGCUGAGGGAAUUUGUCAUGCAUUUAUACGAAUACGAUACUUUUGCAGUUCAUAAGCUCUCGCUCUCGGAGGUCCCCCACGGGUUUGGACGAUGGUAUUACAACAGCAGGUCCGAGAGUCACGACUCCCAUGGCAGGAGGAGCUCCAGUUCCUCCUGGACCCUCGAUUAUUGUCAACUUCUACGAGCUGAUCGAGGAAUGUCAAUAUUACGUGGAUGCCGGGUUCCACGGGGGUGGCGGCGGAGGCAAGAAUAAACAGGGAGGCUGCAGCAUCCAAACGGUCUCCCGGGAGCUCUCGGACCAGUCAUUCCCGCCUAGCCCCUUCAACAACAACAGUAACAACAUGCUCGGAAUUGGAAAUGCAAAUAGAAAUACCACUGGUAAAAAGAAGGAAAAGCACAUUAAAAGCGCGAAAAAAUCGAAGCGCGGAGAUGUUGACAAAAAUGGUCCACCAGGUGACUACGGAAUAAACCAGGACGCCACUUCCAGUCAUCUCCGCACGGGAUUGGGGGACAUGAUGGAGCACACGCGGGGAGGAAAUGAUAGUAAUAAAGGUGGUGGGAAGGGCAACAAAGGUUUUAUUGGGAAAAACGGAAAAAUGAUGAUGAAGAACAACAAGAUUUCUCGCGGCCGGUUGCUGCACACGGUCGUCGUCACCGCGCAGAAAGAAGUGCUGUUCUGGCAUCGACAGCUGUUUCUAUGCAUUGCAAGAGCAUCGUACUAGUAGAAAUCGCAUUACAAAUUCGGUCCGCAUGAGAAAUAGAAUUUGUCAUGCUGUUUCACCUUGGGAUGGAGAUUUGUAAUGCAUGACUGCGAUUACUACGAAUGCGAUACUUUUGCACAGGACAGUUUCUCUACGAAGACAAUGUUGGUUUGGGGCAGAUCCCGGCGCCGGUCUUACCCCCGUUGAGAGAAGUGGGUCGCUCGCCUGCUUCUUUCUCCUCUUCUUCUCAAGCAGAAGAUCCAACGACCGACGCGGGCCGGCUGGUAAUUGUGAUUGACGCAGCCAAUGUGGCCAGAUACGACGAUGGAAUUUGUAGUAGUAGUAGUGCAACUCUAGCUUCACCGGCGAGGGAAUCUUCUGCGACUGGUACCAGCGCAGCAGGAGGACACACUUCCGCUGCUGCCGCUGCAUCGGGUAGUUCCAGUGGCAGUGCAGACGGCCGGGAGGUUAUUGACUUGACCGGCGAAGCAGGAACAGGAGGAGAACGGGGUGAUGUUAUUGAUCUUACCGGGGAACAAACGGGAGGCAACUCUGCUGCUGAUCAACGUCGAAUCAACGUUAAUGUUUCCCCGACUUCCAGUGCUACCAACAGCCCCGGGCAACGUCAUGGAGAUGGAUCAUCUCCCUCACAGAACCACCUUCCUCCGUUCCAACCGGAAAAGCUCCGGAAGAUGGUGCAGUUUUUCCAAGAGUUACUGAUCAAGAACUUUUCCGAAAAUCGCAUCAACUUAACAACCACCGCCCACAUCGUCAUCGGUUGCGCCGCGGGGGACAUGCCGGGGUUGGAAUUAGGCAAAUUGCGGACCUUUUUCAACAACGUUGCAGACCGGACGAGUAGUCACCACGUGUGCGCGCUGAAAUUCCGAUGCGCGGAGUACGGGGCUGGGAUAUGAAUUGCAAAAGUAAUAUCGUACUCGUACUAAUCGCACUUCUGCAUUACAAAUCUAGUUGCCGAGGUAAAUCCGCAUUACAAAUUUAAUGUGUAAUGCUGAGCGAAUUGGUAUUGGAAUUUCAAUUUGUAAUGCAAUUCAAACUAGUACGACUACGAUACUUUUGCACCGGAUAUGGGAGCCAGAAUGUCGAUCGGGUUUUGUUGGAAGAAGCGUUACGGCCGGAUAUUUGCGGGUGUUUGGUCAGCAACGAUAAGUUAUGCAUUGCAAAAGUAUCGUACUCGUAUAAAUGCAUUACAAAUUUCCUCAGCAUGAGAAAUGAAAUUUGUAAUGCAGAUUUUGAUUUGCCUUAAGAAGGAGAUUUGUAAUGCAUGACUGCAAUACCCUUACCAGUACGAUACUUUUGCACAGGAUAUAAGUUCGAGGAUCACGUGAACAACCGGGUUGUUUCGGGGAGUAUGGUGGAGAAAAUCCGGGUGGAAUUUGGAUUUUUUCAGCAAACGGAGUUGCUCGUCUACGCCCCUAACUUUUGGGAGGAGCACAUGAAUAAAGGAGGAGAUCUGGAUCGCGAGGAACACUUGAUCGAUUUCUUGGCGGAGAAGCUGACGCCGACGAGCUACACUUUAGGAGGCCGGUGAGAUGACAACACUAGCGUCCACGAACUGAUGCUAGGCGGAUAAAAGCAAGACUAGUACUGCCGAGCUUAGAGUAACAAGGCGGGUAGAAGAGCACGACUACUGCUCCAAGGGGAGUAGGCUUACCCGUCAGAGAACCUGAGCUACACUCUAGGUCCGACGAGCAACUACUACACUCUGCGAGGACACAGCUCACUUUAUAUGUACUAGUACGGAUGAUUUGAUCUCGUGAUGUUGAUAGUAGAAAUUGAAAUUGCUGCAGUAGCAAAUAGCUGUUGCGGUUGUGUCGAUACUAAAGAAACAGCAUGAAGACAGUAUCAGCCUUAUCCUUCCUGCGAGCUGAAAAUAAUAUAACGAGAACAAGUGCCUAGCACAGCUGUAGAUACACAUUGCGUUUCUCUUUAUAUUUUUAGUCAGUUGCGAAAAAUCCGAACGGAUUACGGACAAGAAAGAGGACUGCUUCACUCGAAAUCAAUUUUUUUCUAAACGUAAAAAAAUCAUUCUUUCACUACAGAAAAAAAUACAUAACGAC